AUGCCUGGUCCUGCCUAUGUUCGUGCCAGCCAGCGUUAUGCACCUGUUCAGACCACUGCUACUAAUAGCAAUGGGCACGGAGAGAAACUCAUCAGCCUCGCGACGAGUCCAUCGAUGAUGAGCGACGGACUUCCUUCUACCGAGUUGGAUAAAAUGACUAUGAUCCUCUCGGACCGUCUGAAGGAAGUCAUCGAGCGGCAAGACAUAUUGAUCGAGGAAGGAAAGUGUCAAAAAGACUAUGGGGAGGUACUAGCACGAACAAUGCUCACAACAUGCUUGAUGGGAACAAUUUUAUCCAUAUUUACACUCUUGUUGAAGUCACAUAUAACUGCAUCGGGUCGUGACUCUCCUGGAGUGCAUCUUGUUUGGGCAGUCACUCUAGUUUCACUCAUACUUGCUGUGCUCCUCUCCAUCGCCAUCCCGCUCAUUCAAUCUUUCGCCGACGCGUUUGGGAGACCCAUUCGAGGAGAGUACACGAAAUGGAUUUACAGGCCAUCGGUUAUCCUCACAGGCACGUUGUUGGUACAGGGGGCGUCGCUGUUAUUCUAUCUAGUUAUAGUGGCUGUGUGCCUAUAG